AUAUUCCACGAACCUAGAAGUACUGAAACUUCUAUAAAAGGCAAAUGAUCAGUCAAAAAUCGUCAGUUCCCUCAAGGUCCCCAAAUAAUUACAUCGCAAUUUCCUGCUAGAGCCCUAAAUCCCAUUAACUUAAAAAUGCUAGGCAAAUUGUAUUUGGUUGUAAUGGCGAUUUUCACCUUGGCACAUUUGGGUCCGGUAAUUGGCGAUGGGGAUGCCUUAGUUCACAUAUUUGAGGAUUAUGACAAUUCCAACGUUAUUACCAGCCCAGAAGAUUUACCGUCAACAGUGUCCUCGCUAACAGCAGAUGUUAAUGACAAACGACUCCAGUAUUACCUCUGGAUGAAGCGUGCAGCCGAUGGUGCAAGAAGCGGAGGAAUGGGGCGCUCGAAGCAAUUACGCUAUCACCAUUGCUAUUUUAACCCAAUCAGUUGUUUCAAGAAGAGAGCUUAUGAAUCUUCAAAAAUCUCCGAUUCUUAUAUUGGAAGGUGGUAGCCGAGUUUUUUAAUAUAAAAAAAGGUAUUUUCUAUCAAAUGCCUUUCCAUAAAAUGAUGCCUCGCUGUUUCAAAUUGUUGACACUGAAAAUGAACAGCCAUGGCGAAGAAUUCUGUAUUUUGAUUUCGUAUAUAAUAUUACACAAUUAGCCUCUCAA